AUGACACCCAGCUCUGAUGAUGUCCAUCAUUUGAUGGACGAAAGCUCAGCCCGUCUUCACCCGAAACGAGGGAGGAAGUCUCGUGGACUGCGUCAACCGGAACGUCGUAUAAAAGCCAAACGGCUGCAGUACAACGCGAUUCAGCCGUCCUCAUGUGGUGACAUGGACCAACGAAUCUCUUCUUCAUGCGCCUUCAUACGAAAUGAAAGUUCCCCCAACAAUAGAAGAUACUUGUUGACACUUCCCAUGCAAUCUCCGUCAAGUCAUGUAGAAACGUUCGAACUUUUCGGCCGUCGUUUAGAGAACCAGGAAGCGCCUUAUCAAGUGGAAACGACAUUUGUCUUUGCCUCUACACGUGUCGGCCCUGCCUCUCGAUUGCAUAGUUUCUAA